GGCGGCCCGCCCCCCCACCCUGCAGCCGGUGCGGCGGCGCCAUGGCCUACCAGGGCUUCGCGCAGGAGUACAUGGGCAUCCCGGCCGUGACGCGCGCCUACACCACGGCCUGCGUGCUCACCACCGCCGCCGUGCAGCUGGAGCUGAUCACGCCCUUCCAGCUCUACUUCAACCCCGAGCUCAUCUUCCGCCGCUUCCAGGUCUGGAGGCUCAUCACCAACUUCCUCUUUUUUGGGCCCCUGGGAUUCAGUUUCUUUUUCAACAUGAUUUUUCUGUACAGGUACUGCCGCAUGCUAGAGGAAGGCUCUUUCCGGGGAAGGACGGCAGACUUUGUCUUCAUGUUUCUCUUCGGGGGAUUUCUCAUGACACUCUUUGGCCUUUUUGCCAGCCUCUUCUUCCUGGGUCAGGCUUUCACCAUCAUGCUGGUGUACGUGUGGAGCCGCAGGAACCCCUACAUCCGCAUGAACUUCUUUGGGCUGCUUAACUUCCAGGCCCCCUUCCUGCCCUGGGUUCUGAUGGGCUUCUCACUGCUGCUGGGCAAUUCCAUUAUCAUUGACCUGCUGGGAAUUGCAGUGGGCCACAUUUAUUACUUCCUUGAGGACGUCUUUCCCAACCAGCCAGGAGGGAAGAAACUGCUCCUAACACCAGGCUUCCUGAGGAUGGUAUUUGACACCCCUGAAGAGGAUCCCAACUACAACCCACUCCCUGAGGACCAGCCAGAAACCCAGCCAGCGGCACAGCAAGAAGAGGACCAGCAGCAUCCGCAAUAGUGGGGGAAGAAAUCCCAUGCAACCAGACUUUGCCUCCCCACUGGAGUAAUGCUGCACCCUGCGGACAGAUCCUGUCUGAAGAAUGGCUCCGGCCACCAUUGUAUUCUGUAACAUUUUGCUCUCCAUAUGGGUAGCCCGUGCUCUCUGUUCUGCGUUGUUUGCUGGAUCAUGGUGUUUGAACAGAUGGAAGAGCAUGAACUUGUUUAGGCAGGUGGUGUGAGAGAAGUGGGAGCUGUAGAUACGGACAAAAAAGCCACAAUAACUCACUCAACCCUGAGUAGGUACCAGCUGGCCUCAGAAGCCCCUUGCUGCUCCUCUAGCUGUUACAGACUUCUUUUUUGACAAGACACCCCCUUCUGUCCAAGGACUUAUCUGCCCUCCUUCCCAGGGAUGCUGAUCCUUCCUCAUUUGCUUUCCAUCAACAUGCUACAUUGUGUUACUCAUUUCUGGCAAGAUAUAAGCACUGCCAAGACUGGAGAAUCCUAAACAUCUCAUUCCUUCUGAUCUUUCUCCUCCUUCCCUAGCCUUAGACAUUUUUUUUGUUCCCAAAGAUUCUUUACAUUAAAAUCUAUAUUUUUCA